AUGCUCGAACAGCUGGCACUUAUGGAGAAUCAAGGUCACAGUCUUGGUCCUAUGGGAGACUUCCAUGGCGAGAGUCACGAGACCCACUGGUAUGGCGGACAAGUCUGGCAGAUUGGCCACCUCAUCGAACUCCAGAAAGACAAGUUCAAAGUUGAAUUGCAGCUACUAGAUAUUCGCGUAUCUGAUAAACUCUUGAUGGGCAUCGAAAAGGCCAUCAGGGAAUUCCUGACUCAAAAGUUUGUCAUCUGCAGACGUGUCUUUGUUCCGUGGGUACCAAAGGUUCUCUUUAUCUUGUUGAAGCCCAGUGCGAAAUAUGUCACGAGAAAUGCGCUUGGAUUGUCGACUUUGAUUCCUGGUUUGAUAUUUGAGGAUAGAAAUAUCCUGGAGAUUAAGGGCAAAACCACUCCUGACUGGGAUGGUGAGGGGAAACCUUCUGCAGAUCGGCUCAUGACUGAUGGGUGCAGGUUUAUCAACAAGUCAGCCCUCAGAAGCAUAACUACCUUGCUCAGGCUUUCCGUCAUCCUGACUGCUAUUCAAUGUCAUAUCACUGGUAGCAAGGGAUUAUGUAUACGCUAUCCUAGCAACUUCGAUGAAGAGCACAAAAUCUGGAUCCGACCUUCUCGGCAGAAGAUCAACUAUGAUUGGCUCAAUUAUUCACAUCGCAUUCUUGAUAUUGUCAGCACUGGGAACCCAUCGUUAAGUAGUACACUUUCUUUCCAGAGCAUUAACCUGGCCUUCAAUGGCUGUACCUGA